UAAUUUGUCAUUCAGUCUGUCAAGAAACACAACAACAAAAUGACGGGGUAAAAACAACAACGGGAAAAUUCCUAUUAACACCAUGCAAAUACAAUAAAUUCUGGCACCAGUUCACAAUUCAUAAUCAUCUGGCAUUUAACUUCCCAACAUAAUCUGUUAUGGAGAAUAAAAAACCGCCUCUAGACCAGAAAUUGUGCUCUGGGUGUGAAGAGCCAGCAAUUGACAAGCUACCAGCGUGCCCACUGCAAUGCCGAGCUACGCAGUGCAAGGCCUAUCAGACCAAGUCGAAAUUUGACCCUGAAACUAAGCCUAUAGUAUGGGUACUGGGAGGCCCAGGAUCUGGCAAGUUCACUCAAUGUUCCAAGGUGGUGGAAACAUAUGGAUACACCCAUCUGUCCACCGGAGAUUUAAUCAGGGAUGAAGUGAAGACUGGGACUCGUAGAGGCAAAUGCCUGACUUCUAUUAUGCAACGAGGCGGCCUUGUACCCAACGACAUGGUUUUAGCAGUACUGAAGGAUGCUAUGGAAGACGCUGCUAAAAAAGGAACACAUGGCUACCUAAUAGAUGGGUUUCCACGUGAGAAAUCUCAAGGUGCAGAGUUUGAGAGGACUAUUGGACCAGUCGCGCUGAUCCUAUAUUUCGAAGCAUCGCCUAACACCUUGUGCCGCCGGCUACUUGGCCGUGCAGAAGCGUCAACAGAAGAUAAUAGAAGGAAAGAUGAUAAAUUCAGGAUCAUGAAGAUGCGCAUAGCAACCUUCAUUGAGCAUAACCACAGCGUCUUAGAACCUUAUGGCAGUAAAGUUAAAAGGAUCGAUGCGGAACAAUCUCCAGAUGAUAUUUUUGCAGAAGUGCAGUUGUACUUAGAGCCAAUAGUAGCUCAUGCCGCUUUGGUUGAGGCAGAGAAACUGGAGGCUGAAGCUUUAGAAAAAAUACGAGCUGUCAGAGCGUUUACACAAUCAUCAAUAGAUGUCGCUUCAAGGAGGAAGGAGAGUACGGUCAAUGACGAUGUAGUUUUCUCAGCUACGAGCGAAGCUGCUGAGGCUGAAGCCAGAGCGAGGGCUGCUCGUAACGCUGCCGAAGCUGCUAGAUCUAGAUUAGAAGAAUUGGAACAACGCCAACGCCAACGCCAAUAGUGUAAUCCAGUCAAACGGGGUGAAUAGAAACAGAAGAGGGGUGAAUAAACAUUUAUUCACCCUCUGCAUAGAUAUACGAAUGGGGUUCGACGUUUACCCCGUUUUACGGUAUUUCAUAUUAAAUUAAUUUGGUGGUUUGGUGUCCAUAGGCGAUGUUGGUCGCUUUAUCUACCAUCUACUGAUUUCUAUGCUCCUUGCUUCCUUAUACCUCACGAAAAUUCUACCCUGUGGAAUCGGAAAUAAUUUUUGUUCGGUACCUACUUUUCCAAAUAUGAAGACACAAGCUUCGGCUAAAAAAAUGCAAACUCAAGUUUAUAGUACGGUAUUACAAAUGUGAGGACAAGGAGGGCAUCCAUUACAUCCAUAACAUCCGGUUUAUCGAAUAAUAAUAUACAAGUAACUACAACUGUACCAGAUACUGACGCAUAACGGGAAUAAUCAUCAAUAAUACUACAAAUCCCAUAUAAAUAUAAUG